UAAGGUCGGCGGUCGGACUUUUUUUUUUAUUAGUUCAAAAAUUUUAUAUGAAAAAAUACGAAUUUGAUUGGAUGUAUAUAGUAAAGGAAAUUUUUUUUGACAAUCAUCAAGACAUCAAAUAUCACGUUAUUCACGUUGCAAUUAUUUCUCACACAUUGAUCUUUUUUAAAAAAUCUUUUAAACGUAAAACAAAUUAAAUAAAAAAUAAUGCCUGCCGCAAAAGCAAGAAUAUUAUGUGGUAAUACCACUUUAUUUCCUUGGAGAAUAAUUAGUAUUGAAGAAAAAUUAACUAUUCAAGGCUUAUUUGAGUAUAUAGUUGAUCAAUAUAUUCCACGGCUAAAAGAAGAGGUAUUAGAAAAGAUAGAAGCACGUUGCUCAAAAGUAAAAGAACAAGCUGGAGAUGAGAUUGAGUUAGGAUGUAUAAUUAGUGAUGUAGUUAGUAAUUUUGGUAACCUUUUCACAUUUAAUAUAAAAAAAAUCUCAAAUGAAAAUAAUUCCCAACUAGUUAACGCGUUUGAUAUUUUAAGAAAUGCUGCAAAAGAGCUUCAUCUACCUACAUUUUCAUUUUCCCAAAAUCCUAAAUUAAAUGACAAAUUAAAACUAGAUAUUCUUUCUUACAUAUCUUCCCAUAAAGGUGGAUGGACAUUUGAUGUUAUACCUAUAGGAAAAAAAUUUAUUAAAGAAUUAUCAGACGCGUUAUGGUAUGUUGAUAAAUGUGGAUAUAAAACAUUUAAUGAUAGAUACACAAUUCCAGUAAAAUUCUUUCAAUUUGUUGGUCGGUUUGAUCCAGUAAGGGAAAAAAAGAGUUACCUUUUAUUUACCUAUGAUGAAUUGAACUUUCAUAGUCAAAAUAUGACGGCCUAUCUUGAGAUGUCCUGGAUCAAUCAUCCAUGCUUUGAUUUUUUGAAACCACCUUUAGUCAAAUUUGCAAGUGAUCUUCAAAAAUAUGCAGAAUAUUUGUUAAAAAAAACUGUUAUGUUUAGAAAUCCGGCUAUCAUAACCAAAUAUAAAGAAUUAAUCAAGGCUGUUGAAUUUGCAGAUUAUUGGGAAACAAUAAAUGUAGAUCCAUAUUGUCCAUCAUGGAAAUAUAAUGAACACCACUUUUAUUUGGAAAAUAGAUCCAAGCGUUGAUGAAUCUAUAGUUGUGAUAUGUUUCUUGGUAAUG